UCAGGCAGGGUUCAGCGCAAAUGGGCGGUGUUUGUAUCCUGGUGAAGCAAGACCUGACCAGUAAAGUAAUUUUCCCAGACCGUGUUUCGAUGCCCACCUGAGCACCAUCAUGGCAAUAUGGUUGUUUAAUUGUAAAAGCAUUCCGUGACGGCUGCUUUCGGAGCAGUGCGGGUCGCCUGUUGGUGGUGUUCCGACCCCGGCCCGCCUUUAGCAGUCCUGUCUGUCUUCAGAGCUUAGAUGCCUUGGCUGAGAUGAGUGUGAAGGCUUUUGAGCUUGUCCCCGCUGUGGAGCGAGACCUCCUCAUGGGCGACAAAGCUCGCAUCAACAUCGAGUGCAUCGAAUGCUGUGGGAAGCAUCUGUACGUGGCUACUAAUGACUGCUUUAUCCACCACUUUCUGCUGGACGAGGUCACAUCUUCCAAAGGGAAAUUGACUUACUCAGCCCAGAAGCUGCUCCACAAAUACCUUGGCCUGAAGAAACCAGUUGCUGAGCUGCGAGCUGCCUCUGCGUUGGAGCGUCUGAUAGUCCUUUGCGAUGGAAUAGUGUUCCUCGUCGACAUGGUGACACUGGAGUCUGUGCCAUCAGCAGCAGGGGGUGGAGUCAGAAUCAGAGGUGUGACUGCGUUCUGCAUAAACGAGAACCCGGUGAACGGGGAUCCUUUCUGCGUGGAAAUGGGCGUUCUCUUGUCCAAGAGGCGGACAGUUCAGGUUUACAUGGUGUAUGAGGACAGAGUGCAGCUGGUCAAAGAGGUGAAUACACCAGAGCAGCCCUGCGCCGUCAGUCUUGAUGGAUACUUCUUGUGCUUAGCCCUCACCACACAGUACAUGAUCCUGAACUACAACACAGGAGCUGCGCAGGAUCUUUUCCCGUACAACAGCGAGGAGAGGAGACCCAUUGUGAAGAGGAUCAGCAGGGAGGAGUUCCUCCUCGCAGCUCCUGGUGGUCUGGGAAUGUUUGCCAACGCAGAGGGAGCGUCUCAGCGAGCUCCGGUCAGCUGGUCAGAGAGCGUGAUUGCUGCCGCCGUGUGUUUUCCAUAUGUUGUGGCGUUGGAUGAGAACUUCAUCACCAUCCACAGCAUGUUGGACCAACAACUGAAACAGACACUUUCAUUCAGGGAUGGACAAGUUCUACAGGACUUUGAAGGGAAGGUCAUGCUGGCUUCUACCAAGGCUGUUUACAUUCUGGUACCUCUGCCACUGGAGAGACAGAUUCAGGACUUACUGGCUGGUCACAGAGUGGAGGAAGCUCUCAUCCUCACAGAGGGAGCACAGAGAAUUAUUCCCAAAGACAAGUUUCAGAUUUUGCACAGAAGAAUCCUUCAGCAGGCAGGUUUCAUACAGUUUGGACAGCUUCAGUUUCUGGAGGCUAAAGAACACUUCAGAAAGGGUCAGCUGGACGUUCGGGAGCUAAUUUCCCUCUACCCGUUACUCCUACCGGCGUCCUCCACAUUCACGCGCUGCCACCCUCCUCUCCAUGAGUUUGCAGAUCUCAACCAUCUGGCACAAGGGGACCAGGAAAAAGUGCUGCGGUGCAAGAAAUUCCUUAUCAGUUAUUUAGGAGAGGUACGGAGCACAGAGGUGGUGAAUGGCUGCAGGGAGGACGUGGACACGGCUCUGUUAAAACUCUACGCUGAACAAGAUCACGAGAGCCUUUUAGACCUGCUCGCUUCAGACAACGCCUGCGUUCUGGCAGACAGCAUUCCCUGGCUGGAGAAAUAUCACAAAUAUUUUGCACUUGGGCUGCUCCAUCAUUGUAACGGUCAAGAUUCAGCAGCGCUGCAGUUGUGGAUUCGUGUGGUCGACGGAGAACUGCAGGACUUCACUAGAUCUGAUCUUUAUGAGUACAUCGUGGACUUUCUCUGCUGCUCCUCCAACCUGGAGCUUGUGUGGAAGUAUGCAGACUGGGCCCUUCGGAAGGAUCCCACCACAGGCGCUCACAUCUUUACCAGAAGGCCCGCGAGUAAAGAUCAGUCUGAGCUGAACUCGGAUGACGUGAUCGCCUACCUGGGAAAUCACAGCCAGGCUCUGCUUUUUUACCUGGAAUAUCUUGUGCUGGAGAAAAAAAUACAGAAAGAGAAGUUCCACACACACCUGGCUGUGUUGUACCUGGAAAAGGUUUUGUCGAUGCUUUCAGGGUUGCCGACGGGUAAAGAGCAGCUGGCCAAAGCUAGAGAGAAGCUCCAAGCCUUUCUCAGGGAGUCCAGCUCGUACCGAGUACACUUCAUCUUAGGUAAAAUAGAGAACUGUGAAGAACUGCUGCUAGAACGUGCAACACUACAUGGAAGGCUGGAGGAGCACGACAAAGCCCUGCACAUCCUGGUGCACAAACUCAGAGACUUCCGGUCCGCUGAGGCCUUCUGCAUGUGGGCCUCGUCGUGUCGGGAUCCUGCCUAUCAGCAGCAGCUGUUUCACCUGCUCCUGGGCGUCUAUCUGGACAAAAACUCUCCUGCAGCAGGAGGAGCAGGAGGAGGUGGCAGCAGCAGCGAGCUAGAAAUGGCGGCCGUGGAUCUCCUCAACCAGCACGGCGAGGUGUUUGAUGCCGUCCGCGUCCUACAAAUGCUCCCUGAGAACUGGUCACUACAGCUGCUGAGGCCUUUUUUAAAUCGAGCCAUCAGGGCCAGCACGCACACCUGCCGCACCUCCCAGAUCGCACUUGGGCUCGCACGCUCAGAAAACCUUCAGGCGCUGCACGACCGGUUAAAGGAGGUGAAGAAACCCAUCUUUGUGUCGGAGAAGAAAGGAUGCCACCUGUGCCACAACACCUUCAGCGAACCCAACGUGGUUUGUCUGCCGGGAGGAGUGCCUGUCCACACCCACUGUGUCGCGCAGAGAAUGAGAGACUCUCCCACCAAAAGACGGUUAACUAACAGCAGCAACCACACGUGAGGCCGGGCGCGCCACGCUACCGUCCCGACCUGUGACCGGAGGCACCGAGCUACAGCUGGACGCGCUGAGACGUUGGAUGCCCGUUUGGGGAAGAAACGCCGAUCGUCGGCUUCUGCAGCAGGACGAGCCGUGGAGUUAGUGGCCUACAGUUGUCUUAAGAUAUUUAUUCAUGUGCCGAAACCACAACGCAUUUUCUGAAUUGGAAUUGCAACUCUGUGCACGUCCCGUCUUCGCUCACGCAGAUCUAAACCCAAACUUUUAAUUAAAGACAAGUUUUUGAAUCCUGUCGCUAAUAUUUCCGAAGCAUGAAUUAAUACCACCACU